UUGUCUCGAGCCUGGCCGCUGCUGCCGCUGCUGUGUGGAUGAUUAAAAUGUCUAGCAUAAGUUUUGACAAACCAAGUGUUUCAAAGACCUGGAUCGCUCUGAAACGGCUGGACAAAAACGAUGACAGAGUGGUGGCUCUUCGAGAAGUGUCUGUUCCUCCAGCAGCUGAGGUCACCACGAUCAUACAGAUCAUCACCUCUACCUUUGGGCUGAACUCUUCUGGUGUCAUAUUCAAGAUAAGAAACCACCGUGGAUGUCUGAUCCCUCUGAACAGCUUGAUCCCUGCUAACAGCAAGCACAUGCCAUAUGUGCUUGAGGUAGCCAAGAUCUUUCAGCAUGUGCGUCCCAAACCCAGAACCAUUCCCAUGAUCAACAAGAGCAUGAAGACCAAGCCACAGGCUAUUGACAGGAGGAUUGAGAGACUGGAGGAGCUCCUGCCUCAGAUCAAACUCAGGCGCGACAAAAAACUAAGCGAGGAGAUUGAAUGUCUCAACCAGAAGCUGAAGUUUCUUCAUAACAGAAUGCAGGUGGCAGAUUCUCGCAGCUGGAAGGGAGUGCUGACCAGAGCCCCUCUGUGGUAAACCAACACAUACAUUUCUGGCUGUUUUAGAAGACAUGAAUCAUCUGUGGGAAUACGGUCACACUCAUCAUUCACUGCAGAUUUGAUCAUGCCACCAUGUGAGGAUGGAUUGUGAUCUGGAUUUUUACAAUUUAUUUUUAUAUGUAUUAAAAACCUUGGACACGUC